AGCACUUUCCAGAGGUGAUGCUGGGGGAAGAAUUUCUUAGCCUAAGUCUGGACCAAGUGUGCAGCUUGAUAUCCAGUGACAAGCUGACUGUUUCUUCAGAGGAGAAGGUAUUUGAAGCUGUGAUUUCAUGGAUCAAUUAUGAGAAAGAAACCCGUUUAGAGCACAUGGCAAAACUGAUGGAACAUGUCCGUCUUCCUCUCUUACCGAGGGAUUACCUGGUCCAGACGGUUGAAGAAGAAGCUUUGAUAAAGAAUAACAACACCUGUAAGGACUUCCUCAUCGAGGCCAUGAAAUACCAUCUGCUCCCUCUGGAUCAGAGGCUCUUGAUUAAGAACCCGAGGACCAAGCCCAGGACUCCAGUCAGCCUGCCCAAGGUAAGCCCCAGCCCAGUCAGUGCCAGCAGGCGGGACUGUGUUCUGGGCAAAUGGCCUUCUGCUCCUGCCUCCAAGUCUAGCCUCACCCAUGGCUGCCCUGCUUCUUGGUUGCAUUUACGACCUAAGAGAUGGAGUCUGCUGGUUCCUUUUAAAUCUGCUGGUACCGGGGCGCCUGGGUGGCUCAGUCGUUAAGCGUCUGCCUUCGG